AAAGGUCUCAGUAAGUAUAUUUAGGCUCGCCAGCUGCUACUCCUGUGCGUACUCACACAGCUUGGGUACUGGUUUUGAUGUGAUUUCCUUCGAGCUGCAGACUCUUCAGCAGCCACAAUGUUCGGAACCAUGCAGCUCUACUUUGGUAUGAAGGGACCGUGGCUCACCUUCUGGGUCACGGUCGCAUGCGCGACGGAUAUGACGCUUUUUGGAUAUGAUCAGGGAGUCUUCGGUGGAGUGAUAGUCACACCAGAUUUCCUCGACCAGCUCCAGCUUAAUGGCAAAGCGUCAUUGCUUUCAACCGUCACGGCCAUCUACGACAUCGGGUGCUUCUUUGGAGCCAUCUCCGUGUGCGUAAUUGGCGAACCGCUUGGUAGAAAGAAGACUAUCUUGCUCGGAACGACGAUUAUGAGCAUCGGUGCGAUAAUUCAGACUGCUUCGUACGGUGUUCCGGAGAUGAUCGUUGGGCGAAUUAUCGCCGGCAUUGGGAACGGUAUCAACACCUCGACUGCUCCUGUGUGGCAAGGCGAAACUUCGAAGGCGAGCUGGCGAGGCAAGCUGAUAGUCAUCGAAAUGAUUAUGAACAUCGCUGGGUUUUCGCUCUCCAACUGGGUGACCUAUGGGUUCUCGUUUGUCGGCGGUAGCGCUGCGUGGCGUGUUCCUCUAGCCUUCCAGUUCAUUUUCAUUUUUAUCCUCUAUGGAACCGUCCCAUGGCUGCCCGAAUCUCCUCGCUGGCUGAUCGCGAAAGGUCGGAUCGAUGAAGCCGACCAGAUCCUCGCUGACCUUGAAGCCACCGAAGUCGACGAUCCGUACGUCAUCACAGAGUCGAAAGACAUUCAGUGGGCGGUGCAGUAUGAGAGGGAAAACGCAGUCCGUUGGCGCGACUUGCUACGUGGUCGGACAGGGGGUCAAGGUGGCACGCAUACUAUUAGACGACUCUUGCUCGGAAUGGGAUCACAGGCAAUGCAGCAACUUUCCGGCAUCAACGUCACGUCCUAUUACCUCCCAACCGUCCUCAUUGAGUCAGUCGGGCUCUCAAACAACCUCGCACGACUCCUUGCGGCCUGUAAUUCGGUGUCAUAUCUUCUCUUCUCCUUGAUUGGUAUUCCCAACGUCGAACGCUGGGGCCGCCGAAAGAUGAUGAUGUACGCUGCAGCCGGACAGUGCUUCUGCUACAUCAUUAUCACUAUAUGCAUUCGCUACAACGAGCUCGAUUCUCUGUCAACUGCUACAAAGGAAAAGUGGGCUGAGGGGUCGAUCGCCUUCUUCUUUCUUUACUACGUCUUCUUUGGAAUUGGCUGGCAAGGUGUCCCUUGGCUCUAUCCGACUGAGAUCAACUCGCUGUCUAUGCGAACGAAAGGCGCAGCACUCGGGACCGCUACAAACUGGAUCUUCAAUUUCAUGGUGGUCGAGAUCACGCCUCCUGGAAUCCAGAAUUUGCAGUGGCGCUUCUACAUCAUUUGGAUCAUCUUCAACUUUACUUUUAUUCCAACAGUGUAUCUUUUCUAUCCCGAGACGGCCGGACGGUCCCUUGAAGAUAUCGACCGCUUCUUUGCUGGACAUGCUCCGCUCUUGGUCUUCAAGGAUAGGGAAGCAAUUGCGGAGAAGCGUCCGCAAAGAUUCGUGGAGCAUGAGAGGGAAGAAGUCAGGAGGAACAGCAGCAUCAUAUCGCAGCAUGUGGCUGCAGCGAACGCAGUCAAUCGCAACAAAGAAGCUAAGGAGUUUCAUGAGGAUGUCUAAAGCGGCAAGACGAAGCCUGGAGCGCCUCGGAGGCAUGGAUUGGUCGUCGAUGGGAAAUUGAGAAGGAGCGUGGACUCGGCUGGUCAGCGACCGCAGAAUACUUCGGCGUGUAUGUAUUACUAACAACCUUUCAGCAAUGAUUUGCAUCUCCAACGUUAGGGCAUGAAGGGAUGACAUCGUAGGCAUCAUCCGAUCACGUGUGAUCGCUAUUUAUGCAUAAGAGUCGAUG